AUGAAAGUGAAGGUGCUCAACCUUAGCACGUGGAACGUGCGAACUCUGCUUGACAUCACCAAGGCUGUCAGACCAGAAAGAACAGCACUGGUUGCCAAAGAACUAGCCCGCUAUAAUGUGGACAAUGCAGCACUCAGCAAAACACGCCUAGCAGACAAGGGCCAGCUUACAGAACGUGGUGGUGGGUAUACCUUCUUCUGGAGUGGUCGCAGCAGCACUGAACGACAAGAGGCUGGCGUUGGAUUUGUCAUCCGAUCCCACCUCGCUCAUAAACUUGCCAAGCUUCCAGAGGGCAUCAACGAUCGCCUGAUGACGCUUCGGCUCCCACUUGGCAAUAACAGGAGUGCAACGCUGAUCAGUGCAUAUGCCCCAACGAUGACCAACCCAGAUGACAUCAAAGAUAAGUUCUAUGAAGAACUUGACGCCCUCAUAGCAGCAGUCCUACAGUCAGAGAAGCUUAUUGUUCUCGGGGACUUUAACGCCAGAGUGGGGACAGAUUACCAGACCUGGGAAGGGAUUCUUGGAAGACAUGGUAUUGGCAAGUGUAACAACAAUGGCCUGCAUGACCUUGUCAUCACCAACACCCUAUUCUGCCUCCCUACCCGUAACAAGACAUCUUGGAUGCAUCCACGCUCUAGGCACUGGCAUCUGAUUGACUAUGUCAACACCAGAAAGAGGGACUGGCAAGACGUGAGAUUGACAAAGGCCAUGUGUGGUGCCGACUGCUGGACUAAUCACCGACUCAUAGUGUCCAAGUUUAAACUUCACAUCCUGCCUGUGAGAAGACCCCAAGGUCAGAAGACUGCAAAGAGGCUCAGUGUCUCCAAGCUGACGAGCUGCGUAGUUGAAGAAGAACUUCGUGAAGACCUAGAUAGCAGGCUGCUUGACACACCCCAGGAUGACCACACCAGCAUUGAAGAGCAGUGGACGGCUUUCAGAGAUGCAGUCUACUCUACCGCUCUCAAACACCUCGGACCAGCAGUCCAUAGACAUCAAGACUGGUUCGAUGAGAACGACAAGGAGAUACAGGCACUGUUGUCAGAGAAACACCAACUGUUCAGCGCGCACCAGAACGAUCCCAUAUCACAAGCAAAGAUAGAUGCCUUCGCUAGUGCAAGACGGAAAGUGCAGAAGAAACUCCGGUCGGAGACUUUGAUGGACCUUCACCACCGCUGUUGUAGGUACGGCCAGGGAUUGCUGAACCUGAUGUGCGGUCAAGCCAACAGUUUAACUUACAGGGAGUCAAACAGGACUGCCGCCUCAGCCAGCUCUCUCCACCCGUACACCUCACUCGGGGGCUCCAGCAAAGAAGGCAUCACGCAGGUACCGGAGGAUGGUCACACCUCUCCCUCUGAACAGCCCCACGGUCAUGCAGUAGAGGAGAACGGCCACAGCCCCUCGAGACCUCCGCGGGCACUCCAGUCACCAGACAGAGCCGUCAGCCCAUGUACCGAGGUAGGAGCCUUCCACCACGCGCUGCAUCCUGCUGGCACGGAACCCAAGAUGUCGGAGAUGGUGGAGCUGGUUGUGGAGACAGAGGCUCAGGUCGGAGCAACUGGAUUCAGUGUGACGGGAGGGGGGAAGGACGGAAUCUUUAUCAAGGAGGUGCUGAAGAACUCCCGGGCUGCAAAGGCACUCAAUCUGAAAGAGGGAGACCAGCUCCUCUGUGCCAAGGUCUACUUUGACAAUGCCAAGUACGAGGAUGUGGUGAGGAUCCUGCAGAGUGCUGAACCAUACAAAGUUGCUUUCUGCCUCAAGCGGACGGUGCCCAGUGCUGACGUGGCCAUUUCUCCUGAGACUGGGAGCCUUGAACUGAGAGGGCCAGAAGCCAAAAAGACAAAGCUGAGUGUCAAGAGCAUCUCCCCUGUGAAGAAGACCAAGCAGCUGAAGAAGGGAAGGAUCCUCAGCAAAGAUGAGGCAGCUGUGGAACUAGAUGUGCCAGUGGACGUGGAGUUUGCUUUCCCCAAGUUCUCCAGGUUUAAAAGAUUGAGUAUCACCUCCCCCAAAGAUGAGGCAGCUUUGAAAGGUGAGGGCACGGUGAGACACCCCGAGGUGGAAGCUGAGCUUUCCUUUGGAGAGGGGCAGAUUAAGGGCAAGAAGAAGAAGAUCAGGUUCCCAGGAUUCCGUGUGAGUGAUCCCGGGAAGGUCAAAGUCGAGGUUGGCAUGGAACCGAAGGAGAAAGCUGCUGUCUUGGCAAAACCACCGCAGGUCGCAGAGGAGGACCAGGAGGUGAAGAAAAAAAUUAAAAUGCCUUCAUUUGACCUGACGAAAAAGGAGAAGAUAGAAGCUCCAAGUCCAAAGGCAAAAGUGGGAGUCUUGGCUGACGGAGGAACGGCUGAGAGCAAGUUACUGCUGGGGCUCCCAGUGCAAGCUCCAAAGCUUGAACUAGAUAUUGGAUUACCGAAGGCUGACAUUGAGGUCAAAGGCCCUUCAGCUGAAGGGGAAGUCGAUGCAAAAGGACCCGGCUUUAAGGUAAAAAUGCCCUUGCUUGAACUGAUAGGUGUGGAGGGAAUGGACACAAAACACAAAGCAGAGAGCAAGGAGGCAGGAGGUCAAGUGGAAGGGUCAGAGGGCAAGCUGAAAAUGCCUGCCAUUGACAUUUCUGUACCGAAAAUAAUGCCGUGUGAAGAAGAUGUAACUGUAUCAGGGGUUGAGAUUGCUGUCGGCAGCUCUAAGACACUUGGGCUGGAAGGAAAGAUAAAAGAAAUUGCACAGAAGGUCACGACAAUUGACAUCUCAGCCCCCAAGGUACCAGAUGUUGAUAUUAGUCUACAAAAGGUUGCAGUAGAACUCCCCACUGUGGGACCUGGGCCGUGGGACUCUGCGACCACAAAGGCUGAUGCCCAGAAGUCUAAAAUCACCAUCGAAGGACCCGAAACAAGACUGAAGAUGCCCAAGGUCUCACUUCCAGAAUUUGGCAUCUCUGCCAAGGAAAGCACGGCAGAGGCAGCUCCAGAGGUUUCGGGCCCUGUGAUAAAGAUGCCAAAGGUUGAAGUUUCCAUGCCCAAAGUGAAACUAGACGAGGCCCGAGCUGAUGUUCCCAUGCCAAAGACAGAAGCUGGGGUGUCUGGGUUGCAUGUUUCCAAGGUUAAACUUGAUAUUAAGGGCCCUCAGUCGGAAGAUCAUGAGGCCAAAAUGAAGCUCCCAUCAGUGAAGGUGCCAACCAUUGACAUCGCGGUGCCCAAGGUCACACUGCCAGAUGUUCAGCUUCCGGUGGGUAAGGCAGAUGUCGCACCAGAUGGGAAAGCAGCAAAAGUGUCAGGGGUUGGGCAGCAGCCGGAGGGAUUUGACCUGAAGCUGAAAGUACCAAAAGUUUCCCUCCCAAAGUUGUCAGCCGGCGGGAAAGAAGUGGAGGCGGGCGCCAAGGUAGCCACGGAUGGAGAGGAUGCCAAGCCCAAGCCUCCCAUGAUAACCAUGCCCAAGUUUGAGAUUGCCAUUCCCAGAAUGAAGCCUGCAGAAGUGGAGAUGGGAACUUGUGUGGACGCUGAGGUCAAAGAUUCAGGCUUCACAAUGGGGAAACUGCCCGGUGUCAAAAUGCCCAGCCUGGACAUAUCUGCACCCAAGGUGAAGAUCCCUGAUGUUAACGUACACCUUCCAUCAGGGAGAGCCGAAGCCCUGACUGCUGAAGGAGGUGGGGACCAACCAUCCGAAUCGAGCUUAGAAGGCUUUGAGCUGCAGUUGAAAGUGCCAAAAGUCUUGCUCUCCUCGUUUGGUACGUCACCUAGCAGCAAGGAGGCAAAAGCUGAACCGAGUAGCCCCAAAGGCGGCUCUAAAAUGCCCACUGUUGAUCUGUCAGCGUUCAAGGUCAAAGUCCCUGAAGUUGAUGUCCGCCUUCUGAAAGGAAAAGCAGAUGCUCCUGCUACCAAGUCACCGAAGACUGAUGUGGCCAGUGGCGUGCCAAAGGCUACCAUGGAAGGACCUGAGGUCACUCUUCAGCUCCCAAAGUUAUCACUCCCAAAGUUUGAUAUUUCCAUUAAAGACAAAGAGGCUGAAGCAGAGGUGAAGGCAGCCAAGGAGACAGAUGCUGAUGCAAAAUGCCCGGCACUUAAAAUGCCUAAAUGUGAAGUAGCUGUACCCAGAAUGAGACUGAGUGAGGCGGAGGUGUUUGCCCCAACAGCAGAGACAGAUGUCAAAAGGGAAACAAAGAUCUCAAAGGGGAAAAUUGAAGUGGAAGAUGCAGAAACAAAAGUGAAGAUGCCUUCGGUGAAACUGCCCACAAUCGACACGUCAGCUCUUCAGGUUAAGGUCCCAGAAGUUGACAUAAAUCUGCCGUCAGUGAAGUCACCUUUCUCCAUUGAGCACGAUUCCAAAGUUGACAGUGGUGGAAUUAAGGUGGAAGGGCCCGAUGCUAAAGUGAAGAUGCCCAAAAUAUCUCUCCCAAAGUUUGAUUUGAAAGGUAAAGAGGUGGGGAGAGAUGGGAACAUGCCAGAAGCUGAGCUGAAGGUGAGCCAUGUUGAGGGAAAGGUCCAGGCCAAAGGAAAGGCUCUCGACUCAGGUGUCAAAGAAGGUGUAGAUAUAGAUGACGUAAAGCUGAAAGGGAAAGAGGGAAGGUUUAAGAUGCCAAAGAUCAAAAUGCUUUCUUUUGGGACUUCCAAAAAAUAUGAAGAGGACGUCAAUAUCCCAGUCCCUAGUGGAAAGUCUCCUGAAGUCAAGGCCAAAACAGGAUCUUUGAGUGCAGAAGCAGAUGGGUCUGGCAGCAAACUGAAAAUUCCCAAAGUACAGAUGCCCUCGAUUGGGAUCUCGGUGCCUGAGAUAAGGAGGCCGGGGGCAGAGGUUGAUGUUUCGGAAGUGGACCUGAAGACUUACGGGGGGGAGUUAAAGAUUCCAAAAGUGAAAGUCGAUGCGGAAGUGGGUGAUCCCAAGGAGAAACAGAAGCUCCCAUCAAUGAAGAUGCCAGCGAUUGACAUUCCAAUGCCCAAGGUAAAGGCACCUGACGUUGACCUCAGUUUCCCCAUGCCGAAGAUCGACACCACUCUCAGAGGAACGGAGGGUGAGGCCACUUUAAUAAGCUCUGAAGCUGAUGAGGCAGCCUUCAAACUGAAGAUGCCCAAGCUGGAAUUGCCCAAGUUUGGGGUGUCUGAGUCAAAGGAUAAGGAACCAGGGGAAGACACCUCCAGCCCAGGGGUAGGUGAGGCUGACGGCAAGGGUACAAGCUUCAAAACAAGAAUGCCCAAGAUUGACAUUUCCCUCCCUAAAGUUAAACCAUCAGAUGCUGACAUCGAUAUGGAUGCUUCCCUCCUCGAGGCUGAAGGGCCUGUGGCAGAGGAAAGGUUUAAAAUGCCUGGUUUUACAUUGCCAAAGAUCUCGCCACCAAAACUGAAAGCUCCCAAAAUCGAUAUUAACUUCAGUCACUCCAAAGACAAGAGCGAUUCCUCUGACCUCAAAGUUGACACAGAGGAGUCGGGGGCUGAAUUUAAGCUAAAGAUGCCUCAGGUGUCCUUGCCGAGUUUUGGGUUGUCUGGGGCGGGGGCAGAGAAGGUGGAAGUCAGCCUCCCCAUGGAGAAACCCAAGCCAAAAGUGAAAGAGGAAGUUAAAUCUCACCUGGUGGGAGGAGAGGGACAGGAAGGGCAAGAGGAUAAAAUCAUUGGUGGGAUCAUUAAAAUGCCCAAGUUUCGAAUGACAACAUCGAAAGACAAGGCCUUAGAGGACACAACUGAAGCAACUAAAUCUGAAACAGAAACAGAGGGAGGCAAGUUGAAACUGAAACUGCCAAAAAUUGGGAUCUUGUCAAAAUCCGCCGAGAUGGAAGCUGACCUGGAGAUGGAAGGCUUGGAAGGAAAAGGCAAAGAGUCCAAACUGAAAAUGUUUGGCCUGUCUCCUGGGAAAGACCAGAAAGGUGAAGUGGGAGAGUCCGGGCAGGCAGAAGGGGAUUCCGAAGGAGCUAAGUUCAAGGUUAAGAUUCCGUCAGUUACUAUUGCAGCUCCAAAGAUGAAAGGACCAGAUGCUGACCUGGAUGUCAAUUUUCCAAAAGGCAAGGACUCUUCUGUUAACCAUGAAAUCAAAGGUGUAGCAAAGGAAGGGAGGGUUGAGAUCUCAGUCCCCGUUAUUAGCUCUGACAGUUCGGAAUCCAGGUUUAAAAUGCCCAAGCUGACCAUGCCUGAUUUUGGGAUGUCCGGGAGUGGCAGGAAAGAUGACGAUGGAAUGGUGACAGGGAAGGUGAAGGAAUUCCGAAGGUCGAAGGGCGAGGCGGACGUUGAUGGGUCAGACGUGGAUGCUGAGAGCAAGCUCCAGGUGCUGAAGGUGAAGAUGCCGAAAGUCGAGAUUGGCUUUACCAAAGAUGAAACUUCCACAGGUGAUAAAGCUGAGAUUGGAGCAGGCCAGAAGCCUGGCGGAGACAUCACUGGAUCGGGAGCGAUGUCCACAAAGGUGCCCUUUAAAAUGCCCAGUGUGGAAAUCUCAUCCCCUAAAACCAGUGACUUAUGUGCUGGGAUGGAAAAAGGUGGUGACGACGUUGGCCUGCCGCUCGCAGAGGGAAAAGGAACUCUUCGUGAGGUUGAUGCUGAUGCUCUUGAGCUGAAGGUACCCAAGGUUACAUUGCCCUCAUUUGGAUCCUCCAAGCAGAAGGUCCAAGGAGAACCUGGAGACAGAAGCAGCUCUGGGGCUAAAAUAGACAUUAAAGGUCCCCAGGUUCAGGUGGAGGCAGGGGGCGUCUCGGAGAGUAUGCUAAGCAAGCUAAAAAAUAAAAUGCCAAACGUCGGAGUGGAGUUAUCCGGUGGUAAGGAGCAAGAGGAGGCGGGCUCAUCCACAGCUGUUGCUGACACAAAGGGUCGGGCAGUCAGUUCUCAGUGGGGCGCGGGGCUUGAGGGACCUGAUGCAGAGUUGAAAACCGACAAAACCAGGAAGCAGCUGCUUGGCUUUUCUGUGUCAAAACCGAAGAGUCCUGAGGAACGUGUGAGAAGCAAGGCCAGGGACCGCAGUAGGUCACCAGCUGAGUCAGGCAGUGCAGAGGCCAAGCUGAAGAUGUCCAAGGUGAAGAUGCCCAGUUUUGAAAUCUUGAGGCCAAAGGGUAAAACCACGGAGUUCAAUGGAAACGGAGAGCGGGGUGAUUCAACGAGGAAGGGAGAGUGGGAGAUUCAAACCCCCUGGAAAAACGGUGCCAGAGUUGAGGAAACUGAUGAGCCAGACAGCCUGGAUGGGAAAUCAAAAAUGAAGCUGAAACUGCCAAAGGUUAGUUUCACACCUAUUAAAUCACCCGCUGUUAAUAUAAUGACGGGGGAGGCACCAGCAGUUCACAUUAAUGGGGAUAGCGAAGAGUCUGGAAGCCCCGGAAAAAUGGGGAGAAUAAAACUUCCAAAAGUUGAGUUUUCCUCACCCUAUCAGAAGGUCAAGGAUAGUGACAACGAACUGAACCUUCAGCUGGUCAAAACAGAGAUGUCCAUCUCCAAGGAUGACGCAGGCCCCCAAGCCCAUUCUGAUCAGUCCUUCAGGACCUCCUCUCCUCGAGCUAACAGAGAGGAUGUGAGGGGUUCAAAAAUCAAAGCACCUAAAAUCAGCUUCUCUGGGUUCAGAAAGAAGAGCGGUGAAAAAGCUGGGUCCGACGAAGACACGGAAAUGUCAAAUCUGGUAACAUCAACCGCCAGGAUGGAGCUGGUAUCCCAGGAUUCGGGAGGAGAUACUGGUCACACAAAGUCUAAAAGCAUACUGGGCUUUACUUCUGGCAAGUCUAAAGAUGUGUCAGCCACAGGAAAAGAGCCCAAAGCAAAGGGCAGCCCAGGGGAUGAGAGGGAACAGGCAGACAGCAAAGACAAGUCGGCCAAGUUCAAGCUCCCAAAGUUGUCCCUUGGCAACAAGUCCAGCUCUCUGGAGUAUGAAAACAACACCCACUUGGAGGGGCAACAGGAGAGUGAGGAGGGUACAACGCGACUCUUUAAACUGCAGAUGCCUAAAGUGGGCUUCACAACUAUCUACCAGGAGCGCAAUUCAGAGGAGAAGAUCGUGGGGGAGAUUAGUUCUGUGAUUAUGUCAAAGAGCAAAAGACAGGUGAAAGCUGGAACUUCGGCUGACAAAUCAACCAGCAUUUAAGUGAAGCCCGGAAACAGCGGGUGCUGAAGGCCUGAGAUGCGGGUCAGAGACUAGACUGCUUUCGACAGAAGCCCCCCUUCUUCGGGCUCAGCUUUAACAGCAUUCCUGUGUGAUAGAACCUGGACAGACGAUGGUUUCGAUGUACUGGAACUGACGAAAGAAACUAAACUGUCCAUUGUAGUACCAGCACUAACACGUUACAGUAGAGAUUGCUGAAGCAACUACCAUGUGACUAACAAUGUGUACAAGUUCUCUCACAGACACUGGUCCCUCAUCCUCUGCUGGCAGCUUCCAAACCUGCUUAGAUUAGCAAUAAAAAUAUAAUGAUUUAAAUAUGUUAAAUAUGGAUUAAAAAUGCAGGGUUAAGCUUUUAUCUAAUGAGUAAAAGGUAAACAGUGGCCUAUUCCCUUUUGGUGACGAUGAGAGAUAUCUUGAGGAAGAAUCAGUCAGAGGGACUUCCCGCAGCGAGGGGGGUGAGGUCAUCAGACAGAGGGGUUCCCAUAUACAGAGGUGAGGCAAUCGUACAGCAAAGCGGGGCAUCUAGAGGAUCACAAACAAGAGAAAAUCUGCAGAUGCUGGAAAUUGAAUAAUACACUCAAAAAGCUGGAGGAGCUCAGCAGGCCUGGUGAAGAGUCUCGGCCCAAACAUCGACUGUUUAUUCUUUUCCAUGGAUGUUGCCAGGCUUACUGAGUUCCUCCAGCACUUUGUGCGUACAACUAGAGGUUGAGUGGAUUCUAUGAGGUGACAGGAUUGAAUAGAUCCCAGGAAGUAAUUGGAGGUGCAUGAGUCGCACAAGGUGAGAGGGAGGAAGUGAUGGAUCCCAGUUUUAUUCAGUAGAUCAUAGGCUGACUGGGCUUUGUCACUUUGGCCUAUUUUACCCACUCCAGGCAUCCUGACUCAAUGAAUGUAUUCAACAGUGAUGAUGUCUUGUCCUAAGUGCAGUGGGAUUAGUGGGUAAGAGGGCACAAUUGGGCAGAGAAGGAGACCAACAAGUCAUCUAACUCCACCAAUAACUGUAGGACUCGCAUGAGUUCAUUCGGGUACUGAUUGAGAAAAGUGAGCACCAACAAUUCUCAUCAGCAUCAGAAUUCAUUUGACUCCAGCUUUUAGGAUAUGUUUCAUGUGCAUACGAUUAAGACCAUAAGACACUGGGGCAGAAUUGGGCCAGUCAGCCCAUUGAGUCUGCUCUGCCAUUUCAUCAUGGCUAAUUUAUUAUUCCUCUCAACCUCAUUCUCCUGCCUUCUCCCCGUAACCUUUGAAGCCCUGACUAAUCAAGUACCUCUGCUUAAAAUAUACAAAAUGACUUGGCUUUCACAGUCGUCUAUAUUCAUAAAUUCCACAGAUUUAUUACCUUCUGGCUGAAGGAAUUCCCCCACAUUUUAGUUAAGCUCACUGAAGAAGUUGUCAAUCCAGAGCAGAGAAGGUUUACCCCUGAACUCAUUGUUGGCCAAUGGAAGCCCAUUGAAGAAAUCAAUGAGAAAUUGGUCCUCAGUCACAAAGGAACAGGAGUAGGCCACUCGGCCCAUCAAGCCUCUCUAGCCAUUCGCUAUAAUCACAGCUGAUCAGCUCCUGGCCUUUCUCAUUACUAGCUGUAAAGAACAGAGAUGAGGAGGAAUUUCUUUAGCUAGAGGGUGAUGAAUCUCUGGAAUUCAUUGCCACAGGUGGCUGCAGAGACCAACUCAAUGGGUAUAUUUAAAGUGGAGGAAAAUGGGUUCUUGAUUAGUCAGGGCAUCAAAGGUUAUGGGGAGAAGGCAGGUGAGUGGGGUUGAGAGGGAUAAUAAAUCAGCCAUGAUGGAAUGAUGGAGCAGACUCGAUGGGCCAAAUGGCCUAAUUCUGUUCCUAUAUCUUAUGUUCUAAAUGCACAAGAUAGGGCAGGUGCACAAGGAAAUCCAACAAAAUGAUGCAUUGUGUGGGUUACGCAUUAAACUCACGUGACCAAGGAUAAGUAUCUAAUCUGUGUGCGUGUUUGAAUAAACACGUUGGGACUGACAACUGUAAAAUGGUUUCAUUAUAGGGUAUGCACAGAUUGAAUUGGAUUAGCUCCUCAAGGCUCAGUGAUGAAAGAAGGGUUAAGUAGGUUAAGAUAAGGUGACAGUAGUUUAAAUCAGCAGGUUUGCCAGUUAGUGAAAGUGAUCCUUCUUACAGACUUCACCCCGACCAGCUUCGUAGCAACUUUUAAUUCUUAGCUUCUUUGACACAAUUCAUGAACGUCAUUCCCCAAGAGGCUGGUGUGUAGGGCCAACAGAUACUGGAGUGAUGCACAGUGGCCCCAACACUGACUGACCGGAGAGAAUGAAGGAUUUACUUUGGAGAAUACAGCGAUUUGCAGCGUUCUCUCCUCCUGCAAGCGCUCCGACAUUCCUGCGUUUAAUAUUUUCUGUUCAAAUAAAAAUUAACCACUUUUAAAGUACUGAAGUUCUUUAAGUGCCUUGAUAUAGAUACGUUCUUGUCAUGUUUAAGAGGUAUUUAAUUCUCCAAGCCUGAAUACGUGGCUGUUUCCCGAUGUGAUCCUAUGUGGCAUCACAUUCUUCAUCUGACUUUAAUUGGGAGGAAAUGCAGCAGGAGAGCUGACUGCUAUAUAUUGUUUUAUAUACAAUAUAUAUUGUUAUAUACUGUAUAUAUAACAAUAUAUAUAUUGUUUUAUAUACACACGCACACACAUGCACACGCGCAAACACACAUACAUGCACACACACUUUCUCUCUAUUUUCUUUCUCUCUGAUUUUCUUUCACACAAUUCUUCUCUCAUCCCCACAUUCUCAGAGUCAAAGAAAAGUACAGCACAGAAUCAGGCCCUUCAACCCAUCUAGUCUGUGCUGAGCCAUUUAACCUGCCUACUCCCAUUAACCUGCACUGGGACCAUAGCCCUCCAUACCCCUACCAUCCAUGUACCUAUCCAAAUUUCUCUUAAACGUUGAAAUUGAGCUGGCAUGCACCACCUGUGCUGGCAGCUCAUUCCACGCUCUCACAAUCCUCUCAGUGAAGAAGGUUCCCCUCAUGGUCUCUUUAAACUUUUCACCUUUCACCCUUAACCCAUGACCUCUAAUUGUAGAACCACCUAACCUCAGUGGGAAAGGCCUGCUUGCAUUUACCCUGUCUAUACCCCUAAUAAUUUUGUACACCUCUAUCAAAUCCAUAUAACUCAGACCUGGCAACACCCUUGUAAAUUUUCUCUGGACUCUUUCAACCUUAUUUAUAUCUUUCCUGAGGGUAGGUGACCAAAACUUCACACAAUACUCCAGAUUAAGCCUCAUCAAUGUCUUAUACAACUUCAACAUGACAUCCCAUCUCCUGUACUCAGUACAUUGAUUCAUGAAGGCCAAUGUGCCGGAAGAUUUCUUUAUGAAUCUUCUACCAGUACUGCCACUUGUAUUAUGGAUCUGCAAUUCCAGAUCCCUUUGGUCUCUGACACUCCUCAGUGCACCACCGUUCACUGUGCAAGGCCUACUCUAGCCUGGCUGGUCCUCCCGAAGUGCAGCACCUCAGGCUUCUCUCCAUUGUCUCUCAUUUUCUCUCACUUUUUCAAUUUCACCAUUUCUUGCUCUCUCACACUCUUUCUUUCUUGCUGUCUCUCUCUCUCUCUUUCUCUCUGGGACUACCUUCCCCAGUUCCACAAUCAAGUGCAGACUGAGGAAACACAGUUUUUGUCAUGUAGUACAGUGUCUGAGUGACCACGAAGGUCUGGCCUGGCCUGGCAGGUAUCUUUAACCUGCCCACGCUCUUUCCUGCUCUAUUUCACAGAACCUGCCAUCAUUGCAGAUGAGCACUGCAGUCUAGGGCAUACAUACACUGCAAUCAUCUUUCUACCCCAUGCCAAUUGCAUUAUCAUUUUCAAUGCUUAGACACUGUACAUAUUAACAGCAUGUUUUACAUUAGAUUCACAUUCAUGUUGCUGGACAUGACAACAGAUAUCGUGAUUAUUUCCCCAUGUCAGUAACAUUUUUUGAAAAUAAGCUGUUUUAUAAAACCUUGUGAGAAUGCAGCUGUGUAUUUGAGCAAAGCCGACAUGACUUUGGAGAAUUAGAUAACUCUCGGUCCCAUCUAUUGGGAUUCUUUUGAUCUUGUGAUUGUAACAUGUAAACUUAGUGUGGAAUAUAUUUUUAAUGAAUAACUUUAACCAUGAGUGGUAAUAAAGAUGAGAGAAUGCUCA